UUCUUCUUCUUCCUCCAGUCCAGUGUGCGUUGGAUCGCGUGCCUGCGGUUGCUAGCUAGCUAGGGUUUUUGCGCGCCAUGGAGCAGAGGAACCUGUUCGUGUCGGCCCUCGGCGUGGGGGUCGGCGUCGGGCUGGGGCUCGCGUCGGCGAGGUGGACGGCUCCGGGGGACGGCGAGGGCGGCGGCGCGAGGGUCGGCGUGGGCGUGGCGGAGCUGGAGGCGGAGCUGCGGCGGCUGGUGGUGGACGGCCGCGAGAGCGACGUCACCUUCGACGAGUUCCGCUACUACCUCAGCGAGCGGACGAAGGAGGUGCUCAUCAGCGGGGCGUUCGUCCACCUCAAGCAAGCCGAUUUGUCCAAGCACAUCCGGAACCUCUGCGCCGCCAGCCGCGCGAUACUGCUCGCUGGCCCCACAGAGCCUUACCUGCAGUCUCUGGCAAGAGCCCUGUCGCACUACUACAAGACCCACUUGCUAAUCCUGGAUGUCACCGAUUUUUCGCUCCGGAUCCAAAGCAAAUACGGGAGCUCCAGCAAAGGCUUGGUUCAUAACCAGUCCAUUUCUGAUACCACAUUCGGGAGGAUGUCUGAUUUGAUUGGAUCAUUCACAAUAUUUUCUAAAAGUGCUGAACCCAGAGAAUCAUUGCAACGCCACACAAGCAGUGCAGAUGUAAAGGCCAGAGGUUCUGAAGCAACUAGCAAUGCGCCUCCACUACGGAAAAGUACUUCUGUGUCUUCUGAUAUGAGCGACGUUUCUUCGCAGUGUUCUGCACAUUCAGUUUCAGCUAGGCGAACCAGUAGCUGGUGUUUCGAUGAGAAAGUUCUGGUACAGUCACUUUACAAGGUCAUGGUUUCUGUGGCUGAAAAUCAUCCAGUUAUUCUUUAUAUAAGGGAUGUUGACCACCUCCUUCAUAGAUCACAAAGGACUUAUUCUUUGUUCCAGAAAAUGUUAGGCAAGUUGUCUGGACAAGUGUUGAUACUUGGCUCCAGAUUACUUGAUUCAGAUAGUGACCACAGGGAUGUGGAUGAGAGAGUUAGCAGCUUGUUCCCUUUUCAUGUCGAUAUUAAACCACCGGAAGAGGAGUCCCAUCUCGAUAGUUGGAGAACUCAAAUGGAAGAAGACAUAAAGAAAAUCCAGAUUUUAGAUAAUAGAAACCACAUCAUAGAGGUACUGUCAGCGAACGAUCUGGACUGUGAUGAUUUAAGCUCAAUCUGCCAAGCUGAUACUAUGAUUCUCAGCAACUACAUAGAGGAAAUUAUUGUCUCAGCAGUAUCAUACCAUUUGAACCACAACAAGGAUCCUGAAUACAAAAAUGGGAAGCUUGUUCUGUCAUCGAAAAGUUUGUCCCAUGGACUAAGCAUUUUCCAAGAAAGUGGUUUUGGUGGGAAAGAGACACUGAAAUUGGAGGAUGAUAUGAAAGGUGCCAAUGGAUCCAAAAAACCUGAUACGGAGAAAUCGACCACAUUGCCACUUAAAGAUGGUGAUGGUCCAUUACCACCACAAAAACCAGAAAUUCCAGAUAACGAGUUUGAGAAGCGCAUCAGACCAGAGGUUAUACCAGCCAGUGAAAUAGGAGUGACAUUUGAUGACAUUGGAGCGCUGGCUGAUAUCAAAGAGUCGCUUCAGGAGCUGGUAAUGCUACCUCUUCGACGUCCCGAUCUUUUUAAGGGAGGACUUCUUAAGCCUUGCCGAGGAAUAUUGCUGUUCGGGCCACCGGGAACAGGGAAGACAAUGCUUGCUAAGGCUAUAGCAAACGACGCGGGCGCCAGCUUCAUCAAUGUUUCCAUGUCCACCAUCACAUCGAAAUGGUUCGGGGAGGACGAGAAAAAUGUCCGAGCGUUGUUCAGUUUGGCUGCCAAGGUGGCUCCCACAAUCAUUUUUGUUGACGAGGUUGACAGUAUGUUAGGGCAGCGCGCUCGAUGCGGUGAACAUGAGGCGAUGCGUAAGAUCAAGAAUGAGUUCAUGAGUCACUGGGAUGGUCUCUUGUCAAAGUCUGGUGAAAGGAUCCUUGUUCUUGCUGCUACGAAUAGACCCUUUGAUCUUGAUCAAGCCAUCAUUAGGAGAUUUGAGCGCAGAAUCAUGGUUGGCCUUCCAACUCUAGAUAGCAGAGAGUUGAUCUUAAGGACACUAUUGUCAAAAGAGAAGGUCGACGAAGGUAUCGAUUUCAAGGAGCUUGCAACCAUGACCGAAGGAUACAGUGGCAGCGACCUUAAGAAUCUUUGUGUGACAGCUGCUUACCGCCCUGUUAGGGAGCUCCUCAAGAGAGAACGAGAAAAGGAGAUGGAAAGAAGGGCAAACGAGGCAAAAGAGAAAGGGGCUACUGCAGAGAAUUCAGGAAAUUCCACAAGUAAGAAGGAGAACCCAGAAAAUCCUGAAAGUAAGGAGAAGGAAAGUUCAGAAAACAAAGAAGAGAAAACGGAAAGCAAGCCAGAAAACUCAGAAGCAAAGGCUGAAGGUGGAGAUGGAGUGACUAUUGAUCUCAGGCCACUGACGAUGGAGGACUUGAGGCAGGCCAAGAAUCAAGUUGCUGCGAGCUUCGCCGCGGAGGGUGCUGUCAUGAACGAGCUGAAGCAAUGGAACGACCUCUAUGGAGAAGGCGGCUCCAGGAAGAAGCAGCAGCUGACGUAUUUCUUGUAGAGAUCGUGAAAGUUUGCCCCAUGCAGUUCUGGAGAACUCAGAGUAGAGUAUGAGUUUGGUAGUGGGAAAGGAUUACCAUGUACAAUUCUUUUAUAUACAGAACAAGUAUUUUUAUAUACAUCCUAGAUUGUGAUAUUCUUCGUUUGUUAGUCUGUACUCAUAUUUGGAUUGAGCGGUUUAUAUUGUAUUAUUCAUGGAUAAAUUUAGCUUAGUUGGAUUGAUGUAAAGUUUAGUUUAGCUUAGCGGCUGUGAUGUAAAUCAUCCCUUAUGUUGAAUAGUAGUAUUAAUUUUUCACCUCUGAGAAUUAUAUGCUCUGAUGAUCAAUCGAGCAUUUCAAUGUCUAAUUUCAGGUUUUAACUUGAAGCAGCAUACUAACUACAUG